AUGGCCAUCACACACCCACGUGUGUGGAGCAUUCGUGGUGGUGGUCAACAUGCUCCUCCCAAAGACAACAUUGACUGGGAGAGUUUUGGCUUUGGCUUGAACAAUGUUCGCACCGACAAAAUGUGGUUGGAUCGAGUUAGUACCGCGGGUGACGGAGACUCCACUCAUUAUUCCACCGACGAUUCGCAGUGCCUGGUACCCCUCGGUGAUUUACAACUUUCUCCCACCGCCACCGUCUUGAAUUACGGCCAAGCUCUCUUUGAAGGAUUAAAGGCAUGUCGUCGUCCCGAUGGAUCCAUUGCCAUUUUUCGACCCGACAAGAACGCCCAACGCAUGGCCCAGGGCGCAGAACGAUUUUGCAUGCCCGUCGUGCCGGAACGCACAUUUUUGCAUGCCGUCGAUGCCGUCGUACGAGAAAAUGCCGCAUGGGUCCCUCCGCACGGUCAAGGAGCCCUCUAUUUGCGGCCCCUACUCAUGGGCACGGGAGAAGGAUUGGGGGUCAAACCCAGUUCCGAAAGUACCUUUUGCAUCUAUGCCAGUCCGGUGGGAAAUUAUUUCAAGGGCGGUAUUCAAGCCAUUCGAUUGCAAGCCGUACAGGGAUUUAGCAGGGCGGCUGCCGGAGGAUCCGGGGCCAUCAAAGCCAGUGGCAAUUAUGCACCCGCCUUUGCGGUGCAACGACAAGUGAAACAACGGGGAUUCGAUGAGGUUCUUUGUUUAGAUGCUGCCAGUGGAGAAGCAGUCGAAGAAGCCGGUGCCUCCAACUUCUUUGCCAUAUUCCCCGACAAUACCAUUGUCACACCCUCCCUCCAACAAGAAACCAUCUUGCCAGGAGUCACACGACAAUCCAUUCUCGAAUUGGCAGCCGCAGAAUUGGGACUGACACCCGUCGAACGACGAUUGACACUGGAGGAACUCAAACAGGCCAAGGAGGCAUUUUGCUGUGGCACGGGAGCCUGUAUAUCACCCGUCGGUUCCAUUAGUGUGGCUCAGGCCGAUGGAAACGUCACGGACGAAAUCGUCUUUGGAUCUUCGGCAGGACCCUUGACCGAGAAGCUCUUUAGAAUGUUGACCGGAAUACAAACUGGAUCCGACGCAACACUUUCGCAAAAGUACCGGCACUGGAUUCAUGUGGUGGAACCAGCCAAUCAAAAAGUCGCCGCGGAGCGUUAG